AUGGAUGAAGAAUUCUUUGACUAUGCAAUCGAAGGCACAACACUCAGAGAACUGUUUGAGCAUGAUUCUUCCAAAAGAGUCGUUGUUCUAGACAGGUCAGCCAACUAUGGCACUACCUAUUCCUCACUCUCCGCUCUUCAAUAUAGUCCUUACGUUUCAGAUUUCAGAGUGUUGAAAGAUAGGCUUAAAGGAGUUAAAUGUAAAAUUAGAAUAGAGUCGCUCCCAUUUUUGCUAGGAAGUAAGGAUAAAGCAGUGCAGCAAUUCAAACAUACGGUAUUUGGCAGUGAAAUAGAGUAUGUUGAAAUCAAUGAGAUAUAUUUAUUUUCAAGCUCCUUUUUUAAAAUUCCCACAUCAAAAAAUGACAUCGUGGCACUAGGCCUGUCAAAGACUGAUAUGUUUUAUCUUUACAAGUCAAUAAAAAACCAUGAUCUUGGCAUUUUAAGGACGAGGUUUUCCGACAAAUCACAUCCAAUAUACAGGGCGCUUGUUGAGCUUGAAGUUUUCGGUCCCCAAGACUUUAGGAAAUACUGUGAAAACUUUGGAAGCACGCUCUUCUUGUAUCCUGCCUAUGGAUUGAGUGAAAUUUCCGAAUCUGUGUGCAUGUCAAAUGCAUUCAAGGGUGCAACAUAUGUUUUAAAUAAAAAUCUAGACUACACUGUAGAUAACUCUAGGGAGUACAGUCAUCGGUUUACGUGUGAUCUAGGAGUUAUCCAUGCAAAGGAGUACUUAAAGCAGGACUUGAGAAGAAAACCAUAUCACAUUCGUGUUAUUCUGACACAGAAGCAAAAGUUCACAGGGAAUUUCCUAGGUUUUAUCGAAAGACCGUUUGAUUUUGUGGUAACCGGCAACGAAGAAAUACACCUAAGCUCGAAGUACACAAGGAUAAUUGGAAUUAAUUGCCUGGCAAAUGUGUGUGACGAAGGCCUUCAGCUGCUCUACUUCAUAAAUGAACAUAACAAUGUCACUAAUUAUGAGGUUGAGAGUCUAUCGAUAUAUGAGAAAGACAUACUUUUGGACAUAUCGUAUAAAACAGUCUAUGAUAUUGAGCAGUUUAAGGUAAAAUAA